CCCUAAUUUUAUCAUCAUGCCAAGUCAUCGCCGGAGGCCACCUCCACCUAUGUCGUUUUCCUCUUCAUCACCAUAUGGAUAUAUAUAUAUAUAUAUAUCCAUUUCCUCUCCCAACCAAAAAUACUAAUAUAGUCUGAACGUGUCAUUUCUUUACUCAGCUCAAUCAUGGAGAAAAUUCCCCACCUUGACCACCACCACCACCACCACUACCACCACCGAGAACAACCAGUACCCACAAAACGCAACGGCCGUGAUUUCCCCUCUGACGACGGUGAUUACCAAUCAGGAUUCGGCAACAGCUUUGAGUCAGAGGCUAUUUCUGGUGCUCUUCCUCGUGGCCAAAACAGCCCGCUUUUAUGUCCUUACGGUCUUUAUGCAGAACAGCUCUCUGGUUCAUCUUUUACUUCUCCCCGCAAGCUGAAUCAACGCAGUUGGUUUUAUCGAAUAAAACCAUCAGUUACUCAUGAACCCUUUAAGCCUCGGAUUCCAAGUAACGAAAAGCUAGCGAGCGAAUUUGAUAAGACAAAUAGUCGUACAACACCUACUCAGCUGCGGUGGAAGCCGAUGGAAAUUCCUGAUUCCCCAACUGAUUUUGUUGAUGGGUUGUAUACAGUUUGUGGGGCUGGUAGUUCCUUUCUUCGCCAUGGAUUUGCUAUUCACAUGUACACCGCAAACAAAUCAAUGGACAACUGUGCUUUCUGUAAUGCGGAUGGUGACUUUUUGAUAGUUCCUCAGAAAGGAAGGCUGUGGAUUACUACUGAAUGUGGAAAGCUGCAAGUCACCCCCGGUGAAAUAGUUGUUUUACCUCAAGGGUUCCGUUUUGCUGUAGAUUUGCCAGACGGCCCAUCUCGUGGUUAUGCUUGUGAGAUAUUUGGUACCCAUUUUCAGCUUCCUGAUCUUGGGCCAAUAGGUGGUAAUGGUCUUGCUGCUCCAAGGGAUUUCCUUGUUCCCAAGGCCUGGUUUGAGGAGGCUUCUCGUCCAGGGUAUACCAUCAUACAAAAGUUUGGUGGUGAACUAUUUACUGCAAAGCAAGAUUUUUCUCCCUUCAAUGUUGUAGCCUGGCAUGGUAAUUAUGUUCCAUACAAGUAUGAUCUCAAAAAGUUUUGCCCUUAUAAUACUGUUUUGUUUGAUCACAGUGACCCAUCAAUAAAUACAGUUUUGACAGCACCAACUGACAAGCCUGGAGUGGCAUUACUUGAUUUUGUCAUUUUCCCUUCCCGAUGGGUAGUUGCAGAGCAUACUUUUCGACCUCCAUAUUACCAUCGAAAUUGUAUGAGCGAAUUUAUGGGCCUGAUUUAUGGUGGAUAUGAGGCAAAAGCUGACGGGUUCAUACCAGGUGCUGCAAGUCUUCACAGCUGCAUGACUCCACAUGGUCCAGAUACCAAGACAUACGAGGCUACCAUCGCACGUGGAAAUGAUGCAGGACCAUAUAAAAUCACAGAUACAAUGGCUUUCAUGUUUGAGUCAUGUUUAAUUCCGAGAAUCUGCUCGUGGGCUGUUGAGUCACCGCUUUUGGAUGCUGAUUAUUACCAGUGUUGGCUCGGACUCAAAUCCCAUUUUUCACAUGAAGCAGAUGUUAAGAGCAAUAGUGUGUAGAACUAAUAUCAGGGAAGUAUUGUGGCUAAUUUGGCCUUCAAACUUACAUCCUGGACAUGUGCUGUCCCUCACUGUCCAACAUGUAUAUAAAUAAAGGAAUAAGAUGAAAGAAAUAGAAAAUAGACACAGAUUUGACUAUACAUAGAAAAAUGUACCCUCUAGCUUUUGGCUAUGGAGUUACAGAAAUGUCAUGCUUUAAUAUUUGGUUGAACAAACUACAAGUAAUGAACGAUUGUGUAUCUAAUGUUUGUCUCCAUUGAGUUCCAAGUGUUUGCUAUUCA